AUGAGCGUAUUGCCGAUUUCAGCACCCGCACCCUGUCAUCUCGAUGCAGCUGUGGUAAAAACUGUCACAAACUCUCACAAUGAGCUCAGAGCAAGCCUUGCCAAACGUAGUCUUAGUGCGGAAAUUUUUGGAAAUAUACCUGGAUCAAAAACUCUUUUCAAGUUGAAGUAUGAUUGUUUGCACGAAGGACUUGCAAUGGCCACCAUUGGAAACAAAUGCAAGCAUUCCAGGAACUACAUGGAAAAAGUUGGAAGAGCCGAAAACUUUAUUACAUAUAGACUGGUUAAGAAACCAAAUGUGACUGAACAAAAGGAUCUUUUUAAAACUGCGAUGGAAGACUGGAUCAAUACGGUAAAAAGACCUCUGAGCUCAGACGUGGUGUACACUGAUACUUCCAUGGAACCAUUUGCUAAUAUGAUCUACAAUAAGACGCUGAAUUUCGGCUGCUGGUUAAUGUUCUGUAAGGAAACAAGCAAGGUUGCUCUUGCAUGCGUGUAUAGUAGCAGGCCAAAAAUAGGUGAACCGCUUUACUGGGCAGAUUCGAAAAAUAAUGCUGGAUGUCAAAAUCCUGGACCCUGCAAGAAAAUUAUCAAAGGAACGGGUGUAAACUGCGAUACUACCUAUGGUCUUUGUGAUCAAGAUCCCGCUACUACUACUAUGACUUCUACUACUACUACUACUACUACUACUCCCCCACAAGAAGCUUAUUACAAUUAUGACGAAGACUAUUAUGAUGACGGAGAGACUGAAAUCAUAGACAUACGUUGA